CACAUAAAUAAUAAAUAUGGGUAAGGUGUGAAUAGAGUUUUUAUUUUUGGGUAAAAAAGGUGUGAAGAGAGCUAUUUCUUCCUAAAUGUGAAUUUUUUAAAUAUUUUGAGGGGAAUGAAAGCUUCGCCGGGAAAGAAUGGGUGGAAAGCACUACCCACUGGUGCCGUUUGAGAUGCGAGUAGAUACCGAGAGGAACGGAAUCUUCUCCGUACUUCUUCUUCUUCUGCUAAUGCUUCUCAUACUCCCCGUUAUUUAGCGGAUUACCCACUUCAGAUGAGUUCUUCUUCUUCUUCUUCUUUGAUUUUUGUUCGAUUUUGAUUUGAGGAAUCUUUUAAGAUGUUUGCUAUUUUUCUCUGAUUUUUUCAUAAAGAACUGAAAAUGGGUAUUUAUGUUUCUGGAAUUUCUGGUUUGUUUUGGGCUUCUUCACGACUGUUGAUUUGAGAAAUUAGGCGGUUUUCAUCUCUCCUUACCGUCUCACUUGUUUUCCGAAUUGGGUUCUGUUUAUUUGAUGCUUGAAUCGUUCAUCGGAUGCAUUCUUGAUGAUUCAGGGAUCGGUUAGCAGGUCUUAUUUAGGGUUUGUGGCCAUUGAUGUUGUUGUGGUUGGUGAAUUAGGGAACCUGUUUGCUCCCAUCUGUUGUUGAAACUGAAAGUUGUGCUUUUGUCAACCAAUCUACUAUUUGAUUUGAUGUAAAUUGUAUAUGUUUCAUCCUUUCUUUUGUUGAAUUGAUCCCUGAGAUUUUUUCUGAUUCUCUAUGGGGGUUUAUGCUUGUUUUAAUUGUUUACUUUUGGAGACACUGAAUUGCUUAUGACCCUCUUCAGUCUCCAGUAAGGGAUUUAGGAGGUUAUUCCAUUGUUUUUUAUUUUCUUGGAAGGUUACAAAUUAAACCUCUAACGUUUUCCUUCACCAAAUUCCUUGAAAACUUACUCACCGUUUUUAUCGUGGGUUUGAUAGUUUUUUUCUUCUUUUUUUUUAAACAUAUUUUGGUGGAGGGGAAAAAAAAACUAAAUUUUUUUAAGGAAAUUCAUAGAUUUGCGAUCAAUUCUAUAAUUUUCAUUUUGUUAAACUUUUUAGCUUUUUGAGAAUAAGGAGUAAAAUUGUUCUUAGAAGAAAAAGAAGAAACAUCUGUGGCACAUCUGUGGCGGGUUUUGAUUGCUGGAGAGACCGAUUGAUAUGCCUGGAAGCAAUUACCUUCUAUGAGAGUACCUGAUAGUUCACUUCUAGAUCUCAUAGACAAGAUAGAUCUUGGAUCCCCUUGGAGAGGAAUUGAUUUAUCCAGUAUGUCGAGGGAAAUCUGGAUGUCUGACAAUGGUUGCAGGAUGUGUUUUAAUUGUGAAAUGCACUUAACAGAGUUCAGCCUUCACAACCAUUGUCAAAGCUGUGGUCGUGUGUUGUGCGGGAAAUGUGUGCAGGCAAUGGGUGCUUCUGUUGUAUCAGUUGGUUGCGAAACCAUCAAGGAUGGGAGGCAAGUCAAAUAUUGCAAGUUCUGCUUUGGGUCUAAUGUUGGGCAUGAAGCCGGGGGACAUUACGUUGAUAAAAUUGAUCAUUCAUCUACCCAGUGGAGUCCCGAACUGGCAGUUUCCUGUUUAAGUAAUGAAAUUUUAAAUGUUGAAAAUAAUAGCAAAACGUUUCAGAGUGAUCAUCUCACACACUUUCUUGAAGAAGAAAGUCAUGGUUCUUCUCCCUAUGCAGUGACUGCCAGCAGUAUGGAAUCAUCCAUUAGUUACCUUUCUCCAGUUUCCAUUCGCUGCUCUUCUAACAGGAGUGAUGAGGAAGAUGGAGAGGAUACUCGGGAGCAUUUCUUGAGUCCAUCAAGUGAAUACUGGCAAGACUUUUCUGAUAUAGAUUCAACUAGUGUUAGCACUAGAUAUGAGUUUUACAGUGUCACGUCGGGAGGUUCAAGUCCACUGGGAAGCCCUUAUAGAAUGAUUCGCACUCCUAGAGCAGUUUAUUCUGUACAACAGGUGCAGAUGGGAAACGCAGAGUACCAGAAUGAUGCCUCCCUUGAUCAAGAGACCAUGACCGAUUUAAGAAGGACAGAAACAGAAUGUGAGGAUCCAGAAACCAACGAUUAUUUCUCUGAUGAUGAAGAGGUACAGCAGCCAUUAGAUUUUGAAAACAAUGGUAUGAUUUGGUGUCCUCCACUGGCUAAUAAUGAAGAGGAUGAGUCAGAGAACAAUUGCUUUGAAUAUGAUGUUGAGGAGGAUGAUCUUGGAGAGACCAGUGCAAUGUUCUCAUCUAGUAGUCUUAACAGCGAUAUGUUCCCAGUUGCAGAGAAGCUGAAUGAUGGACAGAAGGAACCUCUUAGAGUUGUGAUACAUGGGCAUCUUAGAGCUCUUGUAUCACAAUUGUUACAAGGGGAAGGCAUCUGUAUAGGAAAUGACAAUGGUGGGGAAGAUUGGUUGGACAUAGUUACAUCAGUUGCAUGGCAAGCUGCUAAUUUUGUGAAACCAGAUACAAGCAGGGGAAGCAGUAUGGAUCCCGGUGAUUAUGUAAAGAUUAAGUGUAUAGUGUCAGGAACUCGAGGUGAAAGCACCCUUAUUAAGGGAGUGGUUUGUACAAAAAAUAUAAAACACAAACGCAUGACGUCACAAUACAAAAACCCAAGAUUGCUUCUCUUGGCUGGGGCAUUAGAGUACCAGAGAGUUUCAAAUCAAUUGGCAUCUUUUGAUACCUUACUCCAACAGGAAAUCGAUCAUCUCAAGAUGGUUGUUUCAAAGAUAGAGGCCCAUCGUCCUAAUGUUUUACUAGUAGAGAAAAGCGUGUCUUCAUAUGCUCAGGAAUAUCUUUUGGCGAAGGAAAUUUCUUUAGUAUUGAACGUAAAGAGACCAUUGUUGGAGCGCAUAGCCAGGUGUACUGGUGCUCUUAUUGUUCCAUCAAUUGAUGAUUUCCCCAAAGCACGAAUGGGACACUGUGAAACUUUUCGAUUGGAGAGAGUUUCUGAAGAAUGCUUUUCUUCAAAUCAGCCCAAUAAGAAAUCGUCUAAGACCUUGAUGUUUUUUGAAGGUUGUCCAAGGCGCUUGGGUUGCACGGUCCUUCUGAGGGGCACAUGUCGUGAAGAACUAAAGAAGGUUAAACAUGUAGUUCAAUAUGCAGUAUUUGCAGCCUAUCAUUUGUCUUUGGAGACCUCCUUUCUAGCUGAUGAGGGUGCAAGUCUGCCUAAGACUUCCCUGGAAUCCCCAAUUACAAUACCAGAGAGGGUGACUAGAGCCGAUCAUGCCAUUUCUGUAAUCUCUGGAGCAACUCUGCCUCCUGUUUGCCCGGAACUAACCCAUGAAUCCCAUCCUGUCGGUGCAUGUGACCCACUGGUGACAUCAUCUUAUCAACCAACUACAGAUGUCUUAACUCAAAAUGAGAGACUCACAGGUCUUUUGACAUUCAGAGAAAUUGAACCCAUAUGUCAGCACACUAAUUCCGGUCAUAUGUCUGCAUCCUCUCCUGGCGCUAUUGACCCUGGGGUUGGAAUGGAACUCCAUGGUUCACACAUUGAGCAUUUAUUCCCACUUGUUCCUAAGCAACCAUGUACCCAGUUGCAAUAUGAUUCCUUAAGGGGCUCUUCUGCGCUUCCUUCUAAUACCGGAAGUCAUUCUCAACAUGUAUUGCCGGAAGCCUCCAUUCUAGAGGACGUGACUUUAAGAAAUCAUAGGCAGCAAGGAGGAGUUCUGGAGCUCAUGAAGACUGAAGAGGUUAGUUUGAAUGAGGUCACGGGGGAAUAUUUCUCAGCUGCUGACAAUCAUCAGAGCAUAUUGGUUUCCUUUUCUAGCCGUUGUGUGCUGAAAGGAACAAUUUGUGAACGAUCACGGCUCUUGCGUAUUAAGUUUUAUGGAAAUUUUGAUAAGCCCCUUGGAAGGUUUCUGUGUGAUGACUUGUUUGAUCAGGGAACCUUCUGCAGGGCUUGUAAUGAGCCUCCAGAAGCUCAUGUUCUAUGCUAUACUCACCAGCAAGGCAGUCUUACAGUAAAUGUUAAGAGCAUUCCCUCACUGAAGUUAUCCGGAGAGCGCGAUGGGAAGAUCUGGAUGUGGCACCGAUGCCUCAAAUGUGCACAUAAGGAUGGCAUUCCACCUGCAACUCGUAGAGUGUUUAUGUCAGAUGCUGCAUGGGGGCUUUCUUUUGGAAAAUUUUUGGAGCUUAGCUUUUCCAAUCAUGCAACUGCUAAUCGUGUUGCAAGCUGUGGUCAUUCUCUUCAGAGGGACUGUCUUCGUUACUAUGGAUCUGGAAGCAUGGUUGCAUUCUUCCGUUAUGCCCCUAUUGAUAUCCUCUCUGUUCAUUUACCUCCCUCAGUUUUGGAAUUCAAUGGCCACACUCAACAAAGAUGGGUCCAAAAAGAAGCAGAGGAGCUUUCCAAGAAAAAGGACUCCUUGCAUGCGGAGAUAUUUGAUGUACUUCGAAGCAUUGAAAAGAAAAGUACAUAUGUUGGGCAUGAACCUGCAGAGAUGACUGAAUUUCAUAAUCGUGUUAUGGAGCUGAAAGAUCUUCUGAAAAAGGAGAAAAAUGAAUAUGAUAAUUUGUUACAACCAUCUAGCAUGGAGGAUCGGCACCCAGGUCAGACAUCAGUUGAUAUUUUAGAGCUCAACCGUUUGGGACGCUGCCUCUUAAUUAAUUCUUUUGUUUGGGAUAGCAAAUUAUGUUCAUUGAACUCUCUUCUUAGAGCAAGGAGUUCAAUUUCCAAGUCUCCUUCCGCUCAGGAAAUGUCAACUUAUGUCAAGUCGAGAUCAUGGACAAAUGAACUUGGCUCUGGUCAUGAAGAAAAUAAGUCAGAGCUGAUGGCAGAGCCUAAUUUGCAACCCAUGGAGAUUGGCUUAAAUCAACUGACCAAAAUGGACUCGUCAAAAAUCAUGUCUCUCAAGGGUGGUCAUCUUGAAAGUCUCGAGAGGACCUCUGGCCAUCAUCAGCAGCUGCUGGACAUACCAGUAGAUGGAGAGGUUCCAGUCGAGAAUACAUCCUUGGAGAGGGUCCCCUCUUCUGCCUCGAAUCUUUCUGAUAAAAUAGAUUCAGCAUGGACAGGUAGGGGGCAACAACCUAUGGAUCCUCUGUUUCUUCGAGCAUCACAACCUGAUGGGAACCAUGGUGGGUCCGUUGGUGUUAGAAGUCAGAGGAAUCAGCCAUCUGUCAGAAGGAUCAUGUCUCCAGUGAGGGUAUAUUCAUUCGAUUCUGCAUUAAGAAUCCAAGACAGUAUACGGAAAGGACAGACUGCAUUGCAUUUGUCCUCGCUUAGGUCUUUACAAGCUUCUGGAGAUUACAGGGGUGUGGUUAGAAAUCCUGUUGCUAAGAUGCGAAGGACCUACUCUCAUGUCUUGACAAGGGAGAUCAAGAAAUUAAAUAUCAUCAAUCCCUCCCCUUUUUUCAUUUCCUUUGCUUCAGUUAUGGCUAGUGAAGGGGUUCGGUUAUUACUUCCACUAACAGGCAAGAAUAACAUUGUUGUUGCUGUUUAUGAUGAGGAACCCACCAGUGUGAUUUCCUAUGCUCUUAUUUCCAAGGACUAUGAGGAAUGGAUGGCUAAAUCGGAUGAGCAUGAAGGAGUAUGGAGUGCAAAUGAGAGCAACAAAGAGGAUGCCUACAAUCUAUCAGGUUAUUAUAAUCAUGUGUCAGCUUCUACAUUUUCAGUUUUGCAGUCCUUCAGCUCUUUAGACUCCGAUGACAUCCUCCAAAGAAGUUAUGGAUCUGAUCAUGUAUCAUCGACAUUAGGGAGCAUGUUCUCAGAUCACAAGAGAUCUCCUCAUGUGAAGAUCUCUUUCGAGGACAAGUCAUCUACCACAGGCAAAACAAAAUUCGCGGUGACCUGUUAUUUUGCUAAGGAAUUUGAUGAUCUUAGGAAGAAAUGCUGUCCUAAUGAAGUGGAUUUCUUACGUUCACUAAGCCGCUGCAGAAGAUGGAGUGCUCAGGGUGGGAAGAGCAAUGCAUAUUUUGCCAAGUCAUUGGAUGAGAGGUUUGUUAUAAAACAAGUCACUAAGACAGAGUUGGAUUCUUUUGAGGAGUUCGCACCAGAAUAUUUCAAAUAUUUGACGGAUUCUCUUGCUUCAGGAAGCCCAACUUGCCUUGCUAAAGUCCUUGGUAUUUAUAAGGUCACUGUGAAGCAUUCGAAAGGUGGGAGGGAGACAAAAAUGGAUUUAAUGGUGAUGGAGAAUCUCUUCUUCAGGAGAAGUAUCUCAAGGGUUUAUGAUCUAAAGGGCUCUUCUCGAUCUCGCUACAAUCCAGAUACAACAGGGAAGGACAAUGUGCUGUGGGAUAUGAAUUUAUUGGAAGAUGUGCGCUCAAAACCCAUAUUUCUUGGGAGCAGGGCCAAGAGAAGCCUCGAGAGAGCAGUUUGGAAUGAUACAUCCUUUCUAGAGUCAGUAGAUGUUAUGGAUUAUUCAUUGGUGGUUGGAGUGGAUGAGGAGAGGAAGGAACUGGUUUUAGGGAUCAUUGAUUUCAUGAGGCAAUAUACAUGGGACAAGCAUCUGGAGACAUGGGUGAAGGCUUCAGGUAUUCUUGGUGGCCCCAAAAAUGAAUCUCCAACAGUUAUCUCUCCCAAGCAGUACAAGAAAAGGUUCAGAAAAGCAAUGUCCACCUACUUUCUUACAGUUCCUGACCAAUGGACCCCUUAAAAGUGCUUUUUUUUACUUUUCAAUUAUUCCUUAUUAAUUUUUUUCACAACAAUGAGCUGAUCCUAGAUAAAACAAGUGGAUCAGUGUCAAUUGUUAUUGUUGUAAUCUACUAUCUUGAAUAAAAAGACUUGAGUUCAAGCUA